UGACGCAAACGGGGUGAGAGUUCACGCCGGUGUCUGUCUAGUUGCUGGCGGAAUUGAUACGGCCGAGAGGGGCAUUUCCACCAGGUCUCCCCCCGCCCCCCAUGGCGACUCGCUGGCUCCGGGAAAUUUGGCAACUGGGAGUGCGGGGAGGGCUGAGACCGAGGGCGGCCGCGGCCGGCUGUUCCAGGUACAUGCCAUGCUGUGGAAUUCUGAUGAUCCGAGACCCCCAUGCUAUCAGCAGUCUUGAUUGGGAUCUCAGUGGUCAGCACAGCCGGACAUUUAUCAGCUUUACAGGACCUUUCAUCAACAAACGGAAGGAAUAUUCAGAGAGGAGGAUCAUUGGUUACUCCAUGCAGGAGAUGUAUGGUGUUGUGUCCAAUGUGGAUGAAUAUAAGGAGUUUGUUCCAUGGUGUAAGAAAUCAACUGUGGUCUCUAAGCGAACAGGCCAUGUGAAGGCCCAGCUGGAAGUUGGAUUCCCUCCUGUUGUGGAACGUUAUACCUCUAUUGUGACACUGGUGCAACCCCAUUUGGUGAAGGCGGUCUGCACUGAUGGGAAACUUUUCAAUCAUCUGGAGACCAGCUGGCGUUUCAGUCCUGGCAUUCCAGGCUAUCCUCGCACGUGUACACUGGACUUCUCAAUCUCUUUUGAAUUCCGUUCCCUGCUGCAUUCACAGUUGGCUGCAGUUUUCUUCGAUGAGGUAGUAAAGCAGAUGGUGGCAGCCUUUGAGCGCCGGGCAGCGAAGAAUUAUGGCCCUGAGACUCACAUUCCUCAAGAACUCAUGUUCCACAAAGUCCAACAGACGUGAAGGCUGCCUGCUGCUUUGGUCACCACACGGACACUUGAAGUUGGGUGUUUGCUUGCAGCAUCCCCAGCUGUUUGUUUUUAUCUAUUUAUUUGGUUUCUCCUGAUAUCCUGUUUAAUUUAUCCACUGGGCCUGGUAUGAUGACCAAGACUUAUUCCUAAGAAAAGGGUCAGACUGCCAUGUCACCUCUGGAACAACGACUCAGUCUUCAGUUUUAUUUUACCUGACCAGGCUUUUAUGCUGGGUCUUUUCUUUUUUUAGCAUACUUUAUUUGAAGCUUCUUUCUGUCCCUGUCAGAAAAUCCCCAACUAUGAAACAUACCACUGUGGCUGCCUGAGAUUGUAGCUUGUGCUGUUCCUUAACUUCUUGAGAAAGAGGUAGCAAAAACUCGUCAAGUUCUCACAGUGGGCCUAGGGAAGACUGGUUGAAAAUUGUGCCUCUUAAAUCAUGUGUUUUAAAAGAAAAUAACUGUCCAGUAACUCUUGAUAAAAAAGAACAGCCUACAGUUGCUGCCCUGGGGCUUGCUUUGGCAUUCGCUGGGACAUCAGGCUUUUCCACCUUUCCAUCACUGGGUUAGGUCAGAAAGAAUUGGCAGCCAGUUAGCUACCCUGUGACUGCCUUUUUGAGGGAACAAUGGGUGCCAACAUAAAGGCCAAGGGAAGGCGUACUCUUGGAGUUGGGGUUAUUUUAGAAAGUUGAUGUUACCCUUAGUGAAAGUAUUUUGAGGUAGGAAGGAAUGUGAGGGGAAAAGGGAGCGGUCCUUCUUAUUGGAGGGCCACUGAAAUUUUCUUUAACGUCCAGCUCGUGCAGCCUUCCAAGCCCAUUUUAUACCAAUUUCAAAACUCAAAUGUCAUUCUACAGUGGAUGUUCUCGGUUGCAAGCACUUCAGAAGUUCAGCAUCCAGGACAUUUGGGAAGUAAUUAAGUCAGCAGAGCCACCCUAUGACCUAACUGGCUGUUUCAGUUUUCUCAGCUCCACCACUGUAUGCUGCUCUGUAUGAAGAGACUGGAAAAUGGCAUUAGCAGGCUGAGGGCUUCUGCUUUGGAAAAACAAUUCCUGUCUCUUCAGAACUACGGUUUGUCUUCCGUCACACAUUUCUAGGCCAAGAGUGGCUGUGUCCCUUGUGGUUCAGUUGGAGAUGAAGCUUCCCGGGUGAGUGUGGGAAACGAGCAAUUGAGCAUCACAUCUCCAGGCAGUUUGUAGGAAGGAGCUUAGCUGGUAUCUUCAGAAACCAGCUCCAAGUGUGGUAGAGCUCCAUUCCUGGCUGCUGCGUUUGCUGUACCCCCAUUAUGGGUAUCCCAAACCCUCCCUUUCCCCACUCCAUUAACUAACAUUUCUUUGUGUUGCCUAACUUAGUAUAAACUCUCUGUCCCCUUUCUAGUUACCAAGGAAGUUUUAUUUUUGUUGAAAGCGCAAUUUGCACAAACCACGUGUGUGCAGGAUUGCCAAGGCUGGGAAGAGUGCACCACCUUGGCUACGCUUCUGUGGAGGGCUGAACAAGCUGCUCCUAGUGUCUCAUCAAGCUAUCAUUACCCUGUGGGCUUGGGUCAUCCUCAGCAUGAUGCUAAAAAUUCUGGGGUGUGUGAAGGUGCACUUUGGGUGAAUGUGAGAGAAUACUAGCGAUCAAUACAUGUAUGGUUUUUAUAGCUUCUCAUUGACCAGGCGAUAGGCAUUUUUAUGGAAAGGCCUGAGUAUAAAUGUAACUAAUAAAAAAUGAAUAAAUGUUUGGUUGGGGGAAGUAAAAUAAUAUGCCUAAAACUUAGGCCCUGCUUCACUAGCCCCUCUUUAGCAAUCCGAGCACCCCCUUUGCUGUGCAGUUUGGGGAGCCUGUGCCCUGUUUACAGGGGCAGGGGGAGGCAAGCAUUCUCUUCAGGGAAUGUCUCAACAGGCACUUGUGACUACAGCUGGCUUUCUCAGAGCUUGCUCAUUCAAGACCAGAAUCUCCAGGCUUAGUAUGUCACAGAUAAAAGCCUGUCACGUUUGAAUAGUGAGGGGUGGGUAACGCGUAGACCAGUGUUUCUCAACCUCAGGAACUUUAAGAUGCUGGCUAGGGAAUUCUGGGAGUGGAAGCCCACAUACCUUAAAGUUCCUGAGGUUGAGAAACACUGGCCUAGACCAAGAGGGGGAGAGAGCACGUACUUGUGGUGCCUGCAAUGAAGCAGAUUCCUCCAAUGCACGGGUGUCAAUCUGCCUGGGCUGCUGCUGUCUGUGGACUGUAACUGUUGCCUGACUCUGGAAACAAACUGCUUGCUGCUUCUCCAGAGCUGGCAGUUUGGCUCUGAGGCAGUUCCCAUGAAUCAGUCCGUUGCUGCUGCUCUCCCCAGGUUUUGAGCAUUGGCUCCACUCCCAUGGUGGAGUUCGUGGAUUUGGCCCUAUAGCGGCUACCUUUUUCUCGGCAAAUUCCCUGUUACCCUCUUUCCUAUUUAAAUACGCUCCUCUUCCUUCUGCCCUCUCAAACUCACCAACUGCUUAAUUCCUGUAAAAUGCUUUGAGGUUGUUGACUUGCUGUUUAUCCUAGUUUCUGUUGUUGUGUGCUAUGCAUGACAAGCUUCCACACAGAGGGCACAACCAGCCGGAGUCUUUUCUUAACUCUCAGGCAAGACAGGGUUGUGCUUUUAAACUAGGCUUGCCUGGAACACUUGCCUGAACAAGUAUCGUCUUUUUUCUCUUUUUAAGAGGCAUAAAUGCUUGCAGCGAAGCCACUCCUAGGAGGCUUCAGAUACCUAACAGGAAGUUAUGAUAGGAUUCUGUCUUCCUCUGCAGACGUCUUGUGUUAUGAUUUUUUUUAAAAAAGACCUAGCAAUUUUAGAUCUCUUUCUGACUAGCUGUCCUUGUUAUACAAGGAGGAAGAGCAGUUGGGCUAAUAGAAAAUAUUAAGUUUCACUGACACAGAAAAGAGCCUUUGAAUUUAAACCCAGCAAAAUGGUUAGCAUGACAACCUGCAACAAUGCAUGGUGGACUUCCACACUGCACGUAUGAAGUGUAAGCAACACAUUUACAGACCUGAAUACCGUAUAUAUUUUCAUGAAGCUCAGUUAUUGUCUGGAAGAACAGGGCAUGUUCCAAUCCCAGCUAAUGCUGCUGUAGUGGCAUUUCUCAGCUGCAUGUACUGUGAGGAGGCCAAACCAAGUGUUUUAAAACAGUUGAUAUACUGGUAUUACAGUAAUACAAUUUAAAGAACAAGCACUUUCCCAAGGAUUUUGCAAUAUUAUUAUAGCCUUAAUUGACCAAGGCUCAACAUAUUCAUGCUUCCUUGGGAUUGAACAUGGUAAAACUUACUUCUGUAUAAUCAUAUUAAGGACUGCCCAUGUUUAGAACAAUAGGAUAGCUGUGCCACAAACCAGGAGAAAGGUAAGAUUUAAGGGCAAUUUUGACUGUAGUAGGCUUGCUUCUUUGUAUAAGAAGAAGUGUGGCUGUUGCUGUUCUCCAGGAGUACCAAAAAAAAAAAAAAAGCCCAAUGUAUGUAGAAAUCAGAGAGAAAUCUAGCCAUUCUCUUUUUUAAAAGUUUCCAGUUGCUAGGUACAACAAUGUUUUAAGAAUCUCAGAAGGUAAACAGCCACCUGGGGAUCUAUGCCCUAUGCAUCUUGUUGCUUCUGCCUGUAGUUUCAAGAUGAGAAAGUGCAGCAUUAUGCAGAAUCCAUAUUGUUCAGGUAUAGCAAUCAUGGAACUCUAGUUCAGAGUAACACUUGCCCUGGCAUCAAUUUGACUUUUGAAUGACGGUACAGGGAGGCACCUACCCCUCCUGUACCAGGGUUGUCUGCCUUUAUUUGCUUUUUAUGCUGAGAUAGCUGCUGCUCCAUAAAGCUGGUUUGCUCACAAAUACAAGGUGUACUUCACAGAAUAGGUUUGUAGUAACAGUAUGAAGAAUGCUGACUUCGCAGGGAGCUCCUUUAAGCACAGGUGGAUGUCCCUAAAAUUGAAGAGAGGCAAUCUUGCAUCCAUUGAUUUGCCAAGAGGGGACCAAGUCUGGCUACUGUUAAUGAAGGCAUAGGUGGCUAUUUUUAGUCUUUGAUGGGCAAAUUAAUCUUGAGACUUAGUCCUUUUUCUCAAGGAGCAGGAUACAGACUUUUAACUCUGCUGUUUGCCUUAAAUUAUUCUAAAUGAAAUCCUUGAAUCAUUACUAUAAUUGUAUUCAUGACAACCUCCACUGAAGUAUCUUUAAUGUUGAUCCAGAUCAACAUUGAUCCAGGUACUUGAGCUAGAAUCCCACUGAAAUCAAUUGGUUGUUAAAUUAGGCACGACUGAAAUCGGGUGCUUGGGUGUACUUAAUCAAUUUAUAAAGUGAGAUAUAAGCAGUAUAUCCUGCUUAGAUGCUUUGGUGUUCCUGAAGUUUCCUACCAGUCCUAGCAUAUCUGUAGUGUUUUAUUUGCUGCCAUCUAAAGAGCCUGAAGAAUGUAAGUUUUCUCACUCUGUAUUAAAUGCCUAAUUUUGCUGCUGUCCUUUGUCAAAACAGCUGUCUUAAAAGCUGUGCCUUCUGCUUUUCCCUCUGCAAACUCUUAUUGAAUUAGCUAUCUCCUGUUCCUUAGCCUGGUACACGCUACCUCAAAUUGUAAGAAAGGGGAUGUUUGUGGACAACCAAGAGUAGGCAGAAUCAUGCACAGUAAAGGAAAUUAUUUUGCCCUAUCCUUUUUCCUUAUUCGAUUAUUCAAAAGCUGAACAAUCCCAACUGCAUUUUUAUAGACUAAUAAAAUACGUUUGCAAAAAAGAUGCAGCGAUUUCCCCAUGUCAGACGUUGUGGCUUAAAUGAGGGCAGGGGUGCGCUGGAAGGGAGCAGAACAUCUUAUGGGUCAUGUGGGAAAAGGGGAGGCAUCAGUAUGCAGCCGCUGAACGGGGACAGCAAAAUUCCCCUUCUAGAGUAGGCGUAUAUCCAUCUACUGCAGGAUAUAGCACCUAGCCACCACUACCCUUUGCAAGUACAGAAGGCAUAUCUCUGUGCUUGCUCUCUUUCAUGCCCUAAACUCUGUAUAAAAAAUGAUAAACUUUUGAGCUGACAAAAUUGAUACCACGCUCUGCUCUGCAGUGCCGGUGGUGCUAAUUAACACCAGCAUCUCAAGAGGUAAACAUGAUGCACUGAUUUAGCAUAGAAUUGCAGAACUACAGCAUAUAGCUGCCCAGAGUCACUAGUUUGAGAUGGGCGGCAAUAUAAAUUGAGUGAGUGAGUGAGUGAGUGAGUGAAUGAAUGAAUGAAUAAAUAAAUAGCUAGCUAGCUAGCUAGCUAGCUAGCAUAUGCAACUAUAGGCCACAAUAUGAUUGGUUUCAUUUUAGCUUACGGUAUUGCAUAAGCCAAGACACUAUGUAUACCAUGUAACGGGGCCCACGCAGCCAUAGAAGCAUGGGCUAUGACAGAUUGAGACUUCGGGGUCCCAUAAGAGGGGUGUCUCAACCCUUUAUGAUCCCGCAGCAGCCGCCACAACUUCUGGAGGAAGUAUUUGUUAAUGCUACCACCAGCCACCUCACUCCAGAGAAAUAAGCCUCUGCUUUCAUUUAUUCAGGAGGCAGCAGGUAGCAAUCCUGCUACAUUUUCUUCAGGAGCUGACCAACCUGGGGAACACCUUUUCCCCAGAAUGUGCCUCGCUGAUUCAUUAAGAAUUCAAGGCUUUGUUAUGCAUAUUCAGAUCGAAGAACUAGAAAGAAGUUGAAAACAAAGGGAAAAAAAUGACUUGAACCAAAUGAACUUGGUUAGCUGUUCCCAGAAUGUUUAUUUUUUAUUACAUUUAUAUUCUGCCUGACUCCCAAUGACAUGCAUGCACACAGAUGGCAAGUAUCCUGAUAGCUUAGAUCACAGUUCAUAAAAACCUAUGCAACAUCUAGCUCCAGUGGUCCUUAGCGUGCUGCAAAAUUUCCAGUCCCAACUCAAAAUUGGAGUUGGGUCUUUUCUUACCUGGCUUUCUGCCAAUGGAGAGAGCUCCAAGAGGAUUAAAGACAUAAAGCAAAAGCUGGCCCCCUCCCAAAAGCCCACACAAGAGGAGAAUCCUUCCACUCUUGAUUGGUUCUUUGAAAUUUAAUUUUUAUGGACCUAUUUACCUGGAUUGACAGCUCAGCUUCCCCCGUUUUUAACUCUUUCAGUGAGAGCCAUUAUACAUGGCUUUGUGUGUGGUACGUGACCCAGUCCAUACAUUUUCAGCCACAUAACAUACUGCUGCUUAUUGAAAUACUGUCUUAGCGAACUCACUUGCUGGACAGACACACCAUAGUAAAAUGCUAUACAUUUCACCCCAAUGACUCAUAAAAAAAAAAGGCUGCUUCAACUAUUGUUAAGUGUCUUUCAAUAUUUCCCAAAGAAAACUGCUUUAAAAGAGAAGCUGAACAGAUAUUAAUUUCUGCACUUGAUAUAUUUAUGUGCAUUUAAAGCGUUUCUCAUUUUUGCUGUGUUUUACCCGGUUAGUCAACCUAAUCUCAGAAUGAAAUAAAUAUCCCUAUCCUUAAGCUUAUUAAACCAAAGUCCACAAUGGAGGUUUCAAACUCAGCAAUAGAUGACUUCGUUAAAGCAAAAACAUUAAAACAGGAUACCCUGUAAUGCAAAGUGGUACUAUUCAAAGGAAACCUGUAUCACAUGCUUUUUCAUUAAUGUAUUUUAAGAUUUUGUAAUGCUGCUGGAUCAAACAAAAAGUACAGUGAUUCAGUUUUCAAACAUAGCCUCUGUUUUCUGGCGUGUCUGCAAGAGACCUGGGUUAUUUAUAGAAGACUUCUGGGAAUUUCAUUCCUCCCCUACACACGCACCCCACCAAUCUGUAGCAGAUGUUGACUUCCUGCCACAAUGUGCACUAUGCACUUCAAGGGCAGGGAGAAGUUUGCUCCCAAGUCUGAGGGUUGGAUUGGAAUACCUCAUUUCAACUUUUGUACUACAUCUGUAAGCCUGCAGCAAAAAGAAUCUGGAACCACUUUGUUUUUCUCAGUUUGCAAGAAACAAUGAAUCACAUUUACCCUAGGUUAUGCAUUCAACACAUGUUAGUUUAUGUUUGAUAUGGCAUGUCAACUCAGAAUAUUGAAUAAAACAGGAGAAUGCUGUA